ACAUGGCCAUCCCAGACUUCGUGUCGGGAGCGAUGGAGCACUGGGGCAUCAUCACCUACCGCGAGACGUCGCUGCUGUACGAUGACGUAGGCUCGUCAUCAUCCAAUAAGCAGCGCGUAGCUCAGGUUAUCGCUCACGAGAUCGCCCACAUGUGGUUCGGUAACCUGGUGACGAACGACUGGUGGAAUGACCUUUGGCUUCAGGAAGGGUUUGCAAGCUACGUCGAAUAUCUGGGCAUGAACCGGACCGAGCCUGCCUGGGACGCGCUGAUCAGUUGCGGUGACCUUGGACCUGGUUCCAGUGCUAGAGCUGGAUGCGACCGUGAACUCUCACCCCAUCGUCGGUAGAGGUCAACAACCCGGAUGAGAUCACCUGCCAUCUUUGA